AUGUCGUUUCGUGGAUAUUCAGCGCGUGGCGUGCCAAGAACUCCUCGAUCGGCAAGGAAAUCCAUUGUAACUGUUCAGGGGAAGAGAGUUCCUAAAUUGAUUCGUCCAGAUACCACACCAACGGCCGAAGAAAUCGGAAUUCUGAAGAGAGAAAAACACAAUUUGAUACAGGAGAAAAGUCUUUUAAAGGCAAAAAUCAUGCGAUUGAUUGAUAUAACUAAUCGUCCUGAUACUUAUACAUCAAGAUCAAGUGCAGAUCAAAAUGUACUCGAAAAAGAGUAUCGACAAAUUGAACAAAUAAGCGCAGCAAAGCGAUCUGAAAUAUCCCAACUAAAUGCAUCUGAUUUAGCAGCAGUUGUUAACGAAUUACAAGAAGAAUGCUUGAUGUUGCAUAUGGAAUUAAUGCGUUUAGUUGUGGAGAAAAAGAGAAUUGAUACUGAACUAAAAACUGUUAACCGUCAAUUACAUGAUGCUAAAACUCAAUUUCAUCCUGAUUUAGAAAAGAAACAAAACAGAAUUAUUAAAGAAUUAGAACGUCAAAUUACCGAUCAAAGACUGCGAAAUGCUAAAAUCAGAGCAAAACUAGAUGAUAAAGAAAAUGAAAUGACUGAAAAUAAGCAAGAUGAAGCUGCCCAGGCAAUGCAAAAAACUAUUGAAGAUUUGGAAGCUCAAAUUAAAGCCCAGCAGGCUGAAAGCAAUCAAGUCGACGAGGAAAUUAGACAGCUAGAAGACGAAAAAAGAAAAGAAAUUAAUGAACUCAACUACCAACUUGCCAAACUACAAUAA